UCCGGAAGCAGACAUUUCUCAGGACUCCAGAACCAUCAGCAAAGAAGAAGCUUCUAAGGUAGAAAAUCUGGCAUAUUAAUUGUGAAAAUUCUAGAGCUGCAUGAGGAAUGCACCUUCCAAGUUGCUAUGUGUGAGCAGUUAGCAGGGCUGCAGGCCGACAGCCCUUCUCAAGGUGAGGCUCUCAGGACUGGCCUGAAGGUUCUCUUCACCAAGGAGACUGCUUGCCAUCUCAGGGGGCGUCCCCAAGACAUCAUCCGUAUAUAUCCUCCCUGGCAAAAGCUUAUUAUCCCAAAUGGAAGUUGCCCUGUUAUUCUGAAUACUUAUUUUUGUCAGAAAAUUGUUGCCAAAGAAGAUUCAAAAAUAAUACAUGCAGUGCAUUCUUGGGACACACCCCUUCCAAGAAGAAGUAUCACUUUGGCUCAAAUGUUUAUAUUUAAGAGUCUAACAAUUAAAUCUCCUGAAAAACAGGUCAUGUGUGGUGGUCUCACUACCAUGAGGACAGAUUGCACCCAUGGACAAGAGGAAACCAAGCAGUGCUUCCCAGCUCAGGCUACCCUGAGGGGCUCUCUUCUGUAUGCAGUGGAAAGCCAGGGAGCUGCCACCUGGUCAGGAGUUGACGUCCGAGUGGUGGUACAGAGAGUUUACUCUCUUCCCUGCAGGAAUCAGCAGGGAGGUGGCUCAGCUGUCCCAUCUGGCCCAGACCCAUCUAGAGUUCGACUCUGCCUUCUUGUGCAAGAUGCCUAUGGAAUGUUCAGUGAAGUGUACUCUGAGGGCACCAUCUUGAAAGACCAACAGUUGGAAGGGAAAUCCUGCAGCCUAAUGGGAAUGAAGGUUCUACAGAAGGCCACCAGAGGAAGGUCAGCAGGGCUUUUCAGCUUGAUCGACACCAUGUGGCCUCCAGUGAUGCUUCUGAAAGCAGCUGGCCAUGGCCGAGGCUGUGAAGAGGUAAAAACACACGUGCCUCCGCCUAGCUUCUGUUACAUUCUCGCUGCUCAUCCAAAUGUGGGACAGAUUGAUAUAAUCGAAGAAGACCCCAUUUCUAAGCUUUACCAACCUCCAGUUCCCCGCUUCUUAAGAGAAAUUCUCCAGACUGAUGAUCUCAGUACACGUUGCAGUUUCUAUGCCAGGGUGAUUUAUCAAAGAUCACAGCAAAGAGAGAUUUGGCUGAUGGUGACUGAUGUCAGCCUGCAGAUGCAGGAUGAGAAUAACGCUGGCCUCCCCAAAACUGUACCAGUCUGUGUGGCCCCCUCCUGUGUGCUGAGCCAGGAAGUCCUGGAAGCGCUCACUCAGGCUGCCCCUCACAGCUUCCUCUUCAGGGACACUCUCCGAGCCCAGGGUCAGAUUGUUUGUGUUGAACGAAGUGUCCUUUUGCUUCAAAAGCCCCCUUUGGGUGUGGCCUCCAGUGCACCCUCCUGUGAACUGACCAGCCCUGUGAAGCUCAGUGAACUGGAUUCUGUCACUCAGGUCAACUCCAUUUGCAGCGUUCAAGGCACCGUGGUUGGUGUGGAUGAGAGCACUGCCUUCUCAUGGCCCACUUGUGACCUGUGUGGGAACGAGAGACUGGAGCAGAGCCCUGGACACAGAGGCGCCUUUUUCUGUGGGAACUGCUCCCAUGUGGUCACCUCUCCUCUGCUCAGAAGGCACCUGCAGGUGUUCCUGGACUGCCCCUCUCAUCCCCAGUGCACAGUGAAGGUCAAGCUAUCCCAGACCAGUAUUUCUUCACUCCUGAGGUUUGCCGCCGGCAAAGAUGGGAAUUAUGAAGUGAAGAGCGUCCUCGGAAAGGAGGUGGGGUUGUUGAAUUGUUUUGUCCAGUCCAUAACCACCCACCCAGCUAGCUGCGUUGGAUUGGAGGAAAUUGAGCUCCUGACUGCAGGAAGAGCCUCUUCCCAACACUGCCAGUUGCCAUAGGAGCGUGAACUUUGUGAUGCAGUCACGGUGGUGGUGGAGGUGGUGGUUUGGGGUAGUUAUUUGUUAACUAAAGGCAGAGCAAAUAUACUGUAUGAUCUUGAAAUGGAACUUAGAUUUUUUUUCUGGGGCAAAUGUUAGUAAGAUAAUUUUGUAAAGUAUACAUCAAAGUACUUUUUUCUACAGUUAUAUUUUAUGACCUUUCUGCAAACUUGGGAACAUGUUAUAUUAAAACUUAAAUAAGCUUGGUCUUCACUUUGUAUUUCAUCUUAGGCAGUAUUAAAACAGCAAGAAAAUAAAAUUCUGUUCAUUUGUAAUUUUUAAGUUUUUAAAACUGUUACCCAUAAAGUAUAGAUAAGUUACCUGGUCUGAUUAUUGCCGUACUGGACAGAAAGAUAGGCCUGUUUAAUCAUGAUGGGUACUGUGCACAGAGAGCCAAUAUUACAGACUCAAGAGGAGUGAUUGGUUAUUGUUGGCAGAGAUUUAAAUUAACAUGAAAUGAUUAAUAAAUUGUCUUUAGACAAUAAA